AGUCAGUCCUCCAAAGUCUCACUUGCAGGCUUGCAGCUCAUCCACUGAAUUCUUCGUUGCAUUCAGUACUGCGCGCAUGGAGCUCAUGCCGGUUCUUGCUUUGCUCCUACUCUGUCUCCUCUCACACUCCCUCCUCACUUGCCACUCCGCCACCGACGCAACCGGACCGGAAGCGGACCGCGCCGCCCUGCUCGCCUUCCGCGCUGCCAUAUCCCAUGACCCCCGCGGCUUCCUCCGGCCGUGGAACGCCACGCUGGACUUCUGCCGCUGGCCGGGCGUUGCAUGCGCCGACGCCGCCCACCCUGGCCGCGUCUCCUCCAUCGACCUCACCGCCGUCGGCAUCAAAGGAAUCAUCUCCCCCGCCGUCGCCAACCUCACCUACCUCUCCUCCUUGCUCCUCCCCAACAACACCAUGUACGGUGAAAUCCCACCGGAGCUAGGCCGACUGGCCGGGCUGAGCCAACUCAACUUGAGCUAUAACGAAUUGAACGGCACCCUGCCGGCGAGCCUGGAUCUCUGCUUCAACCUCACUCUUCUCGACCUCAGUUCCAAUUUCCUCUCCGGCGCCAUUCCCGUCCAGUUCGGCUCCAAUCCCCAUCCCAAUCUACGCCUGCUCAGCCUCGCCGACAACCGUCUCACAGGAGGGAUUCCCCUGUCGCUGGGGAGGAUUGUCUCUCUCAGAAAACUCGAUCUCUCAUAUAAUAAGCUCACCGGCGAGAUCCCUUCAUCUCUUGGCGACCUCUUAAAUGUUUCCUACCUCGACCUCUCCUUCAACCAGCUCAACGGCGGAAUCCCGACGUCGUUCGCGAACCUCUAUUCCGUAGGCAUGCUGUGCCUCUCCAACAACCAAUUCACCGGAACCAUCCCGUCGGCGAUGAGAAAUCUGACGAAUCUCUGGUUCCUUGACCUCUCAAACAACUCACUCUCCGGGGAAAUCCUUCCGCUGGAAAGAAUGCUCCACCUUAAGGAGCUCGUCCUCAGCAACAACAAUCUAACCGGAGGUAUCCCCGAUUCUAUCGGGGGACUGGUAAAUCUCACCUACAUCAGCCUCUCCACCAACGACCUUACCGGGAAAAUCCCUCCUUCCAUCACUAAUCUCUCUUCGCUCCGAAUCCUCGACUUGGCGUACAACCACCUCGAAGGCAGACUACCGGAGGAUUUAGGCAAUCUCAAGAUGCUCCAUUUCUUGCAGGUGUCGAUCAAUAACCUCAGCGGCAACAUUCCCCGGUCCCUCUUCAGAAUCAGUAACUUGGAAAUUUUGAGCAUGGUCUCCAACAACUUAAAGGGGACGCUGCCGGAUGACAUCGGCGACGCUUUGCCAAACCUGAGGUGGCUCGGUUUGGCCAACAACCAACUCGAGGGCCCGAUUCCGGCGUCGUUGAAUAACGCCGUGCUUCUCGAGCAACUCGACAUCAGCAGCAACAAUUUCAGCGGGAAGAUACCGCGAAAUCUGGGAAGCAAAUUGCCUAAUUUGAAGCAGCUAUCCCUCGGUACAAACCAGCUCGUGGCAGCCGCCCCUGGAGACUGGGACUUCAUCGCCUCCCUGUCGAACUGCACGCAGCUGGAGGACCUCAACCUCAUGGAGAACCAACUCGCCGGCGAGCUCCCAGCUUCCUUUGCCAACCUCUCCCGGAGUCUCAAUAGCCUCACCCUCGGCCGGAACCGCAUCUCCGGAAACUUUCCGGCCACGAUCAGGAGGUUCACUAACCUGGUGACACUGGGUUUGAACGAGAACCAGUUCACCGGCCCCAUCCCGGACUUCCUCGGUGAGCUCAUCGAAUUGGAAUCAUUGAUCUUGUACGACAACAAGUUUACCGGCACCAUUCCGCCGGCCCUCGGUGACUUGACUCGGCUCAACGAGUGCUUCCUCAACGGCAAUUUCUUGACAGGCACGAUACCGGCGGAGCUCGGGAAAUGCCAGAAUCUAAACAUUUUGAACCUAUCAAACAACCAGCUCACCGGCUCAAUUCCGCAUGAGGUUCUAAGCAUCGAAGCACUGUCGAACUUCGUCGACAUGUCCAACAACUACCUGAGCGGUCCGCUACCGCAGGAGAUCGGCAAUUUGCGCAACCUUCAGUACUUGUCCUUCUACAACAACAGCCUUUCCGGACGCAUUCCGAGCACAAUUGGAGAAUGCCAAGUUCUGGAAUCUCUCAAUUUGAGCAGGAACUUCUUCGAAGGGACCAUUCCUCACUCGCUGGCCGACUUGAAGGGCCUCAUAGACUUGGACCUCUCGCACAAUAACCUGUCCGGUCCAAUUCCAGAGUUCCUAGGAAAUUACCCAGACAUGGAGAAUCUCAAUCUUUCCUACAAUUCUUUCUCCGGUGAGAUGCCGAGUCAAGGAUUAUUCCUUAAUUCUAGCGAGUUUGACGUCGAGGGAAACAGAGGAAUCUGCGGCGGCAUCGCGAGUUUGCAUCUGCCUUCCUGCCCAACACACAAAUCCAAGAAGAAUUGGCGGCUCGCGCUCGCAAUUGCACUGCCGGUGACUGCUCUGUUCUUGUGUAUUGCCCUCUUUACUGCAUUCUACGUGGUGGAACAACGGCGGCGGAUUAACAGAAAUUCCAUGGUUCCGAGUGAUCGGAAUAUUGAUCAAGUUCACACAAAAGUGUCUUACACGGAUUUGCUGAAGGCUACCGACGACUUCUCCCCAGAGAACUUGAUUGGCGUCGGAAGCUACGGCUCAGUGUACAGAGGUUCCCUCGGCGACGAGCAAAUCGCAGUCAAGGUGCUCGACCUCGAGCACCGCGGAGCCUUCAAGGCCUUCAUCGCGGAGUGCGAAGCGCUUCGCAACAUCCGCCAUCGAAACCUCGUCAAGAUGCUUACCACCUGCGUCAGCAUCGACUCCAUGGGCAACGAAUUCAGAGCUAUUCUGUUCGAGUUCAUGCCGAACGGGAGCUUGGAGAACUGGUUGCACCCUGAGCCGAGCGACAGGAAGUUCCACGGCACCAGGAUGUUCGGCCUCGUGCAGAGGCUCAACGUCGCUAUCGACGUCGGCGCGGCCUUGAACUAUCUCCACGACCACUACGACUCGCCGAUUAUCCACUGCGACUUGAAGCCCAGCAACGUGCUUCUCGACGCCAACAUGACCGCUCGCGUUGGGGAUUUCGGCAUCGCCAGGUUCCUCACGAGUAGCACCAAUGUUUACCAAUCUUCUUCCGCCGCCAUUAAAGGUUCCAUCGGCUACAUGGCUCCAGAGUAUGGGAUGGGCGGGCUGAUAUCAACGCAGGCAGAUGUAUACAGCUACGGAGUGCUACUGCUGGAGUUAUUCACGAGGAGGCGGCCGACGGACGAGGAGUUCAACGAUGGGUUUACACUGCAGAAGUAUGUAGAGAGAAAUCUCGCCGCCGGAGUUGACGUCACAGGAGGCAUGGCCGAUCCGGCGAUGUUUUGUGAAGGAGGUGAAGAUGUGGCGUUGAACUUCGUGGUUGGGAAGCAGGCGAGCGGAAGGAUAAAGCAGUGCUUGGAGUCGGUUCUCAUGGUUGGUCUUUGUUGUGCUAAGGAGUCGCCGGGAGAGAGGAUCACCAUGGCAGAUGCAGUGACGAGAAUGGAAACGAUCAAGAAUAUGUUGCUCAUGACCAACAUGUGAUUGCUUAGAACAUGGAUUAUACAUUAAGUAUCUAUAAUUACCUUUGUUCGAUAAGAACACAAAGGGACCUAUGUUCUGGGGCCGAACGGAUUUGACUUUUACCAUAACGAAGGGACCUAUGUUAUUCGGCUUUUGCCACAACGAAGAGACCUAUGUUUAUCCUUUUAUUCUUUGCCACCAUGUAGGGACCUAUGUACCUAAAUAUGGGAAUAAAGAUCAAAUAAAACAAAGAGGAGCAGCUAUUGCAAAGAAGAUUUUUAAGAA